CAUGGCAGCAUCGCGAAAUUACAGAAUAUCGGUAACAGCCGCAUCCGACGAAAUCAAGGAUAUAUUUUGUGAGCCCUGUGUUUGUAAUGGAAAACAGAUAAAAGCAGAAGGAUUCUGUGUCGACUGUUCAGAAUAUCUGUGUGGACAAUGUUAUAACAGUCAUAGGAGAUCUAAAGCGUUCAAACACCACGUGCUCCAGGAUAAGAAAAAUAUGCCUAUUGAUGUAACAGGAACAGGUGUACUUGAUGUGUGAGUAGAAAAGUGUUCUAAACAUCCAACAAAGGUUACUGAAUACUUUUGUCGGUCAUGUGACACACUUGGAUGCAGUGCAUGUAUCACUAUAAAUCAUCGUCAAUGCCAAAGUGUCGAUCACAUACCCGACAUUGUUAUAGAUCUGGAGAAAAACGAUGAGUUCAAAAAGUAUACUGAAUACUUCGAUGAAAAACUCAAGUUGCUAAAAGAAAGAAAGGAUACAAUUAAUUCAUUGAAAACUGAUUUAGAGGAAAUAAAAAAGCAAGCAAAUGCAGAGCUUAAAAAGCAGCGUGAUAAGAUAAACAAGUUUUUCGACCAUCUUGAGGCUGAAAUGGACAAAAAGAUAACAGACAUUGACAAAAAUAACAAGGAUACAUUGAAAGCAGCGUCAGACAGAUGCAGUAUCAUAUAUGGUGGAUUAAACAAAAUGAAAACUGCUAUCGAGACAAAAAGGAAAAACGGAAAAAAUGUGAUUUGUUCAUAGAAAUUAAAAGAUCGAAAGGUGAAAUCGAAAAGUUUGACAGACAGUUUGAUAUCAUGUUAUAUGAAGAGAGCAAGGUACAAAGAUAUAAACUAGUACAGUCCACACAGACAGACGAAAUAAUGAAAAACACAACUGAAAUAUGCAGAAUGAUAACUGCAAAACAUGUUUCAGAGAUUGAUGUAAGCUCUUGCAAAGACAAGAAAAAUUCCUGCAUAAAAAGAUGUCAGUGGUACAGAGACAUUACCUUGCUGUUGCAGACGAUAACAAUAAAACAGUGAAGAUAAUUGAUACUAGAACUGGCAGAGUUACAUCUGAAAUAAGUUUGGACUGUGAUUCUGUUUGGAGUGUCACAAAUGUCAAGGGCGAUCAAAUUGUAGUUUCACUGACAUCAUUUGAACCUGAUUUUCAGCAUAAUCUUCUCACUCUCACUGUAUCAGCAUCCGGUGCGAUAAGUAAAGGUCACGUGAUAACAACUAGAAGACUAACUUACGAUGUUGUUGCAAUUGCACAACACCUCUAUGUGUUACAUAACAAUGAUAUCAAAGUGCUGGAUAUGCAUGGAAAUAUUCUGAAAACAAUAAUAUGUGACUACACUUCCUUUCCUUCUAUAGCUGUAAGUCCUGACAAGAAAACCAUUUACUUAACAGACUAUGACAAUAGCAGUGUACAAGGUAUGACCUUGGAAGACAAGGUCACAGCAACCUACAAAGGCAAGGAUCUUAAACGUCCCAGGGGUAUAACAGUAGACAAUGAAGGAUUUGUUUAUGUAAGAAGUGAUGGAGGCAUUUAUCAGUUGACAAAGAACUGUACCAUGAUUCAAGUUCUCACACGUAUGGCACCGCCAUAACCUAUUCUGGUGCAGAUAACAGACUCUAUGUGGGAGAUGAUGGGAAAGUGAAAGUGUAUGAACUGCAGUAAGACGUUACAAUCAAAGCUAACAAAUGUAAACCCUUUUAAAGUAACUUUUGAUAUAUAAAUUGUCAACCCCUAAAGAUAUAAAGGACAUGUUUUGUGAAUGUGUACUCCUCAUUCUAAGCUACCAUUAGUUGCACACGUGACUCGCCAUACGGUUCCAAAAAUAUCAAUGUGUUUUGACCAAACUUGUGGAUUGUAUGUUC